CGGAAGUGGCACAAAAACGUAGAAACAAGACGACGAAGUCCAGUUGAAAUCCUGUGAAAAAACAUCAAGAGGUUGAAGUAGAUGGUUCUAGCGACUUAUAACAUAUUUUAUCUUUUCAACACAACAAUGGCGUCGUACGAGGAAAACGAGCGACGACGAAAACAACUGGAAGCUGUUGGAAAGAAUCACAUCGUGUUGUACAUCCAAGAAGUCCAGCAGCUGAUUGGUUGUAAGGAAGAACUUCCCCCUCCGCCACAGGCGGGGACAUACAUUUUGGAGCAAGAGGAACCACAGCACCUCCAAAUCAAAGAGGAAGAGCCCCCCCACGUGAAAGAGGAAGAGGAGGAGGCUGACAACAGCAUGUUGCUACUGACUGGUGUCUCCGUGAAGAGUGAAAAAGACAAAGAUGAACCGAGACCACCCGAAGGGUCACAACUUCAUCGUCCCAGUGCAUGUGGAAACCACUGUGGGGGACCACCACCAGAAAACAUAUUUGCUCCACUGUCGGACAGCGACGACAUGGAAGAACCUUUGAGGAGUGACAAAGACUGUAAAGGUGACAACAAACGGCUCCAAAGGUCCAAAAAGGAAACGUCACAAACGCGUAAAAAAAGUUUAACCCCCUCAGUUUGCUUUAAAAGCUUUAUUCGAAAACGAAAUGCUAUUGGACACAGGAGAACACACACAGGAAAAAACUAUUUUAGUUGCUCAAGUUGUAGUAAAACCUUCGCUCAUAAGGAAACUAUGGUAACACAUAUGAGGUCACACACUGGCGAAAACCCUUUUCGGUGUUCAGCUUGUGGUAAAACAUUCUCUCGAAAGGAACAUGUGGAAUCACACAUGAGAACGCACACUGGAGAAAAACCCUUUCGUUGCUCAGUUUGCGGUCAAACAUUUUCUCGAAAGGAUUAUAUGGAAUCGCACAUGAGAACGCACACUGGAGAAAAACCCUUUGGUUGUUCAACUUGUAGUAAAACAUUCUCUCGUAAAUCAAACUUAGUAUUACACAUGAGAAUACACAUAGGAGAAAAACCCUUUAGUUGCUCAAUAUGUUGUAAAACAUUCACGCAGAAGCCAAGUAUGGUAAGACACAUGAGAACACACACAGGAGAAAAACCCUUUUGUUGCUCAACUUGUGGUAAAACAUUUUCUCGAAAGGAUUAUUUGGAAUCACACAUGAGAACACACACACAUGACAAAACGCCUUUGGUUGCUCAUUGUGUCGUAAAACAUUUUCUUCCAAGCGGAACUACGGACAAAUGAGGAGCAAUUGUGAUUCACUUGAAAAAUCGAAUCCCGAAUCCUAAUUUUCGUAAUCGUCCCGCCUGAAUUGAAUGCGAUUUGUUCAAAAUAAAUGGCUUCACGCAUGAGUAACAUGCCAACCUUGUGGCCUCUCCCUUUUGGUCCACAGAGUUAGCGAACGUAUAAAGUGAUUGCACAAUGCUUUCUUUCCUGUGCAAGUUGCAAGCAACCCUUGUUGCCAGUCCAGACUUCGCCACGGUCUGCCCCCGGUAACAAAAACCUCCAAGGGUCUCAGUCAAGAUGUCAGUUACUUAAACAUGCUCUCAACUAGGGCUGCACAAUUAAUUGAAUUUUAAUCAUGAUCGUGAUUUUGGCUGCCACUGAUUAAAUGAGCCUAUCCACUGUGAUAUUUUUACAUUUAAAAUGAGGACACUGCUGCAUAUGAAAAGUGCUUCAUUUGCAGCAGUGCCUGCAACCAAGUCAGCCAGCCACCAGGGGGCGAACGUAUGGUUAGGCUUCAUUUCUCCGUGGCCAACUUCAAAAUAAAAGCUUAAAAUGGCCUAGAUGUCCAAUGUAGUAAUAUAUGAAGCUUUUAUUUUGAAGUUGGCCCUCGCAGCACGUUGGCGGAGAGGCGGCAUGUCACACGGUAAAACACUAUUAAGAAUCGUUAUAGCGGCUGCCUUGACUUCAACUUUUCAGCUGGCCUGACCGCAAUAAAAAAAACGCUGGGAGUAAAUAGAGAAGAAAAUCACGACUGUCAGGUUCUUUGCAGUUUGUGACCGUGCACGACUGACCAACGGUCAAGGAGAAUAACGUACUCGUCCGUCCUUGACAAUUCACUAUAUUGACAGGGAUUUUCAAAUGAAAAGUCGUUGCUUACAGCCUAAUGCUAUUGCGUUUUAUGCGUUAACUGUAUUUGCGGCCAUUAAGUUGAAAUUCGUGAUUGCACUUUGUAAUAGCACAUUUAUUCAGUUAGCCCUUGCUAAAAUAGAAUUUCUUUGUCUUUCACAUGUCUUUCAUUAUAAUUUAUUCUCAUUUAAAAAAUCAUUUUGAACUGAACACAGUUACAUAUUGUUUGUUGAAAAGUAGUGCAAUAAAAAUACAGAUUUUUCCCUAGCAUGAGGAGUAAUUGGGAUGAAAAAUCGCAAUUACAAUACUGAACAAAAUAAUUGUGAUUAUUAUUUUGCCCGUAAUCGUGCGGCCCUACUUUCAACGUACAUUCAUCUGUUUUCAAUUCAUGUGUGGGUAAUGUAUGAUAUGAAAU